AUGAGUGAGUCUCGGUCGGAUAUUGUUACUGGACCCGAUCGAGGCUGUUCCGUCAGUGUUAUCAGCCGCCCAGAGAUUGCAGCUGUUUGGGCUGAUCUUCAGCUUACACAAUAACUGGCCGCAGCAGCAAAGGAUGAACGGAGCUCUGGGAAAGGUGCUGUGUUUGAAGAACGAUAUCAUUUUUAAGAAAGCCUUUCCCCUUUUAAGGUCCAAAACUUCAGGAAAGAAUCCCAUCUGUUCUGUAGGUGGCAUUCUGCUGAGUACCAGUCGGCACUACAAGACAAAGCCCACCCAUGGCAUUGGAAGAUACAAGCACCUAAUUAAAGCACAAGAGCCCAAGAAGAGGGGAAAAGUAGAAGUGAGACCCAUUAAUUUGGGGACAGAUUAUGAAUAUGGGCUUUUGAACAUUCACAUGACUGCAUAUGACAUGGCCCUGGUAGAGAGUUAUGCCCAAUAUGUUCACAACCUCUGCAACCAUCUCUCCAUUAAAGUGGAGGAAAGUUAUGCGAUGCCCACCAAAACCAUGGAGGUGUUACGGCUGCAGGACCAAGGCAGCAAAAUGUUUGUGGAUGCAGUUCUUACCACCCAUGAGCGAGUGGUUCAGAUAAGUGGUUUGAGUGCUACAUUUGCAGAGAUUUUCUUGGAAAUAAUCCAAAGCAAUCUUCCGGAGGGAGUCAAAUUGUCAGUGAAGGAGCACACUGAAGAAGACUUCAAGGGACGGUUCAAAGCUCGACCAGAACUAGAAGAACUCUUAGCCAAGCUGAACUAGCUCAUUGCAUACUCUUUCAUGCCAGCACUGGUGAUACUGAGUGCCAAGUUAAACAGGAGACCCUACCCCUUAGAUAUAAGUAUCCAUCCCACAGCCAGUGAUGCCUCCUGUCCUCUGUGGAGGAGUGCUUGUCACUUGUCACCACUUUCCUCUGAGCCAGCCCUCGUUAUCCUCCAUCUAAUAAAAAUCUGCUGAUAAUGGGUGUUUUUAAAAAAUAAUUUAUUGAGGUGAAAUUCACAUACAACAAAACAAACCAUUUUAAAGUGACUGAUUCAGUGGUAUUUAAUACAUUCACAAUGGCGUACAAUCACCACCUCUAUCUAGUU